AAUAAUCAUAUUAUUGACGUUAUUUUAUUUCAAAAUUGUCUCAUUCCUGUCAAAUAAUCGCCUUUCGAAACUUUAGUGCAGCCGGUUUAUGUAUAGAAUGAGACCUGAUCACCUAAUAUUGAACCUCCGAUAAACCCAAUGGCAAGGCUAGUUUUCCGCUUAGAACUCUUCAGUGGAUGUGUAAUUCUGUUAUUGUUAAUCAGUGUGAAGGCUUCAUCAGGUAGUUCUCUGGAGAAGACAAACGCCCUCUUCGUCUUUGGAGACUCCACUGUAGAUGCUGGAAACAACAAUUACAUCAACACCAUGCCUGAAAACCCAGCAAAUUUCAAGCCCUAUGGCCAGAACGGCUUCUUUGGUGGACCAACGGGUCGCUUCUCUGACGGUCGCGUGAUUGUUGAUUUUAUCGCGAGCUACGCAAAUUUGCCAUUGAUUCCUCCCUUUUUAGAACCCUCGGCUGAUUAUAUCAAUGGUGUUAACUUCGCUGCUGGUGGAGCUGGUGUACUUCCUGAAACCCAUCAGGGUUUGGUGAUUGAUCUUCGUACACAAUUGAAGAAUUUUGAAGAGGUGAAGAAGUCCUUAACUGAAAAGCUAGGAGAAGCAGAAGCUGAGAAACUUAUAUCAGGAGCUGUUUAUUUCAUCAGUAUUGGAAGCAAUGAUUAUAUGGGUGGCUAUCUGGAUAACCCCAAAAUGCAACAAGAUUAUCAACCGGAAGAUUAUCUUUCCAUGGUCAUAGGCAACUUAACAGAAGUAAUCCAACUGCUGUAUAAAAAAGGAGGUAGAAAAUUUGGGUUUAUGAGCGUAUCUCCAUUAGGGUGCAUGCCAUCCUGGAGAGCUUUGAACCUCAAUAAAGAAAGUGAAGGUGGUUGCUAUGAAGCAGCAUCCUCUUUAGCAGAAGCACAUAACAAUGCUUUAAAAGGAAUCCUCUCAAGCCUAGCAUAUAUUUUCAAAGACUUCAAAUAUUCCAACGCCAACUUCUACAACUGGCUUGAAGACAGAAUGAACAACCCUGGCAACUAUGGUUUUAAGGACGGAGUAAAUGCUUGCUGCGGUUCCGGGCCAUACAGGGGAACGUUCACCUGUGGCGGCAGCAAGAAUACAAGUUCAUACGAUUUGUGUGAUAAUCCUGAUGAUCAUAUUUGGUGGGACUCUUUCCACCUAACAGAGAAAAUCCAUGAGCAGUUCGCAAAAACCCUCUGGGACGGACCCUCUUCUUCUGUGGGGCCAUUCAAUCUCCGGGAUCUCUUCUUUCCCACCAUUGCCGAUGUUGUUGAUGCCCCUCAACCUCAUGGAUACAUUUCCCAAUUUUAAUAUUAUAUGGCUUCCACUGUUUAUUUAGCACAUUUGAAUAACACUUUAUGUUUAAACAAUGAAUAUAAAUAAAAAUAUUAUCAUAUAA